AUGGGGCUGACCGGCUGUCUGAAUGACGACGCCUUUGGGCCGGCUGUCCAAGGAUGCCGCGGUGACUUUGAUUUCACGCAGAAGUUUGAGAGGAUCUUUUUCUGGCUUGUCCCAGCCGCCAUCUUCAUCCCGGCGGCAGCAUUACGGCUGAUCCAGCUCCUCUCCAGGCCGCGGCUCGUCGAAGCUUCGGUACUUCAGCUCAUCAAGACUGGAUCGCUCACCGUUCUCGCUGCUCUUCAACUUUGCCUACUUGUUCUGGUGUGUGCUACCAAAGCGGUGGCCGCUGCAUCUGAGCUUUCCAUUGCGGCCUUAUGUCUUGUUCUGGUAGCACAUUUGCUUAUGCUCCUUGUUUCUCACCUGGAACAUGCACGAUGCCGACGACCAUCGUUUAUUCUCAACAUCUACCUCUUCCUCACCGUGCUCUUUGACAUGGUUCAGACGAGGACGCUAUGGCUCGCUGCGACUACUACACAUGAGAUUACCUUCACGCGUGUCUUUACUGCGUCCUUGGCUCUCAAAAUCCCGAUCCUUAUUCUCGAAGCCUAUGAAAAAGCCCGAUGGAUCGCCCCCGAUGGCAUCGAACACAGCCCUGAAGAAUCGAGCGGCUUCUACAGUCUGGCCACCUACUUUUGGUUGAAGCGGCUCUUCUGGACAGGCUACCGCAAGGUCCUUGUCUCUGAUGAUCUCUACUCGUUGGACGCGGCCUUGAGCGCAGGUGCCACGGCUCCUCCUCUGUGGGGAAAGCUGCAUCGCGAUUCCAAGGGCGACCAGCAGCAAACCGUUCUAAGAUCCCUCUUUGCGGCUUUCCCUUGGGCGUUUCUGCUGCCCAUGAUUCCCCGAGCGGCUCUAAUUGGCUUCCGAUACUCGCAGUCGUUCGUGUUGCAGGCAUUGCUCAACCAUUUGGAACGGCAGCGCGAGGGUGCUGCUAACAACGGAUAUGGACUCAUAGGAGCGUGCGUACUCGUGUACGUAGGCAUGGUCACAUCGACGGCCUACUUCGGUUAUUUGAACAACAGAGCAGCAUACAUCACCCGUGCUUGUCUGUGUGCUACCGUUUACCAAAAGACAACCGAGUUGAACCUUUCCAAGGCCAAUGACGCUUCGUCUCUGACGUUGAUGAGCACUGACGUGGAACACAUCGAGACCGGCCUGCUGCAAAUGCACCAGAUAUGGGGUGGCCUGGUUGAAGUAGCCAUCGGCUGCUGGCUGCUCUACACUAACAUUGGUGUGGCUUUUCUCGUUCCUCUCGGCCUCGUUAUCCUGUGCACAUUCCUACUCUACGGCGCCAUGAUGUUUGUACCAAAGCGCCAGACUGUGUGGAUGGAGAAGAUUCAGACAAGAGUGGCCGUCACUGCCAGCGCCAUCGCCGACAUGAAGACCUUCAAGAUCCUUGGUGUGGCCGGCCGGGUCGCAGACAUGGUGCAAAACCACCGAGCCGAGGAGAUUAGCGCAGGGAAUCAGUUCCGCGUCCUCAUGUUGGUUUCUGUGGUCCUGUCUUAUAUGCCGAUAUCUCUAUCGCCCGUGGUCGCCUUUGCAGCGACAUCACGGACUCUGGACGUUUCGAGACUCUUCGUAUCGCUUUCCUUCAUCAUGUUGUUGUCCAGUCCAUUGUUGACGCUCUUUCAAGCCGUGCCCGUCUUUCUUGCUGGACUUGCGAGCUUCCGUCGCAUCGAUGAAUACUUGGCACAGCCACGUCAAUCGGAUUACCGUCAAUUCUCAUCAAGAGAUACACGCCCAGACACCGAAACCGAUGAGCACAAGUCACAUUCUGCAGCGUCAGAGACGAGCUCUCGCAUAGAUGGGAAAUCUGGCCUCGUAUCAUCCUCUGUCAUCGAAACGCGGCCGGCGUUUGUGGCUACCAAUGCUUCCUUUGGCUGGGAGGAGGGUAGCAUGAUACUACGUGAUCUUGACUUUGUCAUCCCCAGGGGCAGCAUCACAAUGAUUGUCGGACCGACUGCUUCAGGGAAAUCGACGUUGUGUCAUGCCUUGCUGGGCGAGAUCCCCAUUGCUACCGGCAGCCUCACAGCAGGGAUUCCGGAUUCUGCCAUCAUCGCAUACUGCGCGCAAACGGCUUAUCUUUCAAGCGGAACCGUAAAGGAGAACGUUGUUGGCUUCCUCCCAUUUUCUCAGAAGAAAUAUGAAUCCGUCAUGGAGGCCGCCAUGCUGAACAUUGACGUUGCUAGCUUGCCAUCCGGUCAUGAUACAGACAUCGGAAGCAACGGGAUCAAACUCAGCGGCGGUCAGAGGCAACGUCUGUCCCUUGCUAGGGCGCUCUAUCUCGAAUCAGAGAUCUCAGUAUUUGAUGAUGCUCUCAGUGGACUAGACGCCGAAACCGAGGCAAAAGUCUUUGAUCGCGUGUUUGGCCUCAGCGGGCUUAUUCGUUCAAGAGGUGGCACCGCCGUAUGUUUCGGGAACUCUUCGCGGCAUCUUGGCUUUGCAGACCAUAUAAUCGUCCUAGGAAAAGAUGGCUCGAUCGUCAAGCAAGGGUCGGCCGAGAUGUUCAACGAUGACCCCAAUAACAACAGCACACUCCUGCUAAUCGACCAAGUCGAUGCUUCAUCAGCAGACUUGGUGGCCUCCAAGGACGCACAGGGAGCAGAAGACGAUGAUACUCCGGUCACUAAGAGUGAAGUCAAAGAGCCUGCCCAGUCUGAAAACGAAGGGGACGAAAGCGACAUCCUGGGUAACGAGGCAAGGAAGACAGGUGAUUUCACCGUCUACCUUUAUUACUUACGCAGCACAACAAAGGUGGCCACCAUUCUCGUGCUGCUUUCCAGCUUGAUCGCCGGCUUUUGCACCAAUUUCUCUACCGUCUGGAUGUCGUACUGGGCCGAAGACUCUUUGCACCGGCCAAACGCCUUUUACCUUGGUAUUUACGGCAUGUUGCGUGGUACGGAGCUAAUUGGUAUAUUUGGCGCUUCGGCUUUCCUGCUCAUCGCCAUUGUCACAUCCUCCGGGUUGAACCUUCAUUCGCAAGCUAUUACUACUGUCAUCAGGGCGCCGUUGACUCUGUUCACCAACACCGAUACGGGCACGGUAACGAAUCUGUUCUCCCAAGAUAUGACCAUCAUUGACGGAGAGCUUCCCAUGGCCCUCCUCAACGCCUGUCUUGUUUUCUUUGACCUGCUGGGGAACUGCUUCGUCAUCGCCGUGGCGUCGCCAUACAUUAUUGCAAGCUAUCCCGUUCUCGUUGCUAUCCUCUACUUUAUUCAGAUGUUUUAUCUCCGCACCUCGAGGCAACUGCGGCUGUUGAGUCUCGAGGCAAAGAGCCCACUCUACUCGCACUUUCUCGAUACCAUGCGAGGCCUGGCAACCGUACGCGCCCACGGGACGACGCCGCAGAAUAUCACCAUGAACAACAAGAUCUUGGAUACCUCGCAGAGACCGGGUUACCUGCUGGCCAUGAUUCAACAAUGGCUCUCAACGGUUCUGCUGGCCUUGGUCGGUCUCAUUGCCACCGUCAUCACGGUCCUUGCCACGCAGCUCAGAACAAACUCGGGUUUUGCGGGAGCCAGUUUCGUGACACUCAUGACACUCUCCGCCGCCAUAUCCGAGCUGAUGCAGGGGUACACAUCGGUAGAAACCUCGAUCGGAGCCGUCAGUCGCUUGAGGGCAUUUAGUCAGAACAUCAAGCCGGAAGAUGAAGCCGACGAUGAUGCGGAGCUUCCCCCGAACUGGCCCUCCAGAGGUGAGAUACGGCUCACCGAUGUAUCCGCUUCAUACAGCGUGAAUGGUGUCGCUACUGAGGACGCUGCGAAAACCUUGGCCUUGUCGAACCUCUCCCUGUCGAUCGCGCCGGGUGAAAAGAUUGCUAUUUGUGGAAGAACAGGAAGUGGAAAAUCCUCCCUCAUGUUACUACUCUUACGACUUCUCGAGCCUCUACCGUCUUCCUCUCACACCCUAGAAGUGGAUAGCGUCGCCCUCGGUCGUGUAAAUCGUACAGCCCUGAGACAAAGAAUCAUCACUAUCCCUCAAGAUCCAGUUCUUCUUCCAGGCGACGCAACGAUCAAGGAAAAUCUCGACUACUUGGGCGGUGCCACGGAUGAAGACUGCAUGUCUGUAAUCGAGACGGCACAGCUGGCUGAUUUUGUGAAAGAGUCUGGCGGCAUGGACGCCAAGAUGUGCGCAGACAAGCUCAGUUCCGGCCAGAAGCAACUCUUCAGCUUAGCUCGAGCCAUGCUUCGACGGAGGACAAAGCAGCAGCAGCAGGAGUCUGGAACUUCGUCCACGGACGGUGGGCUUUUGCUUGUCGACGAGUUGAACUCUAGGCUGGACGCCGACACCGACCGCCUGAUCCAGGACGUCAUACGGAAAGACUUUGCCACCUACACAGUCAUCGUGAUCGCCCAUCGCCUGGAUAUCGUCAUGAAUCUAUGUGAUCGGGUGUUUGUUCUGGAUAAGGGCCAAGUGGUUGAGGUGGACGAUCCGAAGGUCUUGGUAGAUGCGAAGCAGAGCCAGUUCAGCAAGCUGUACCACGGUGGUGGCGGGACAUGA